AUGACUCAAUCGAACUCCCAUCUUCAUCAUCGACGCACUCCCUCCUCUAAUGGCUCGAAAGUGAGAACCUCGCGACCGGCGCUACAUCGGAAAGGCACAUAUUCUGUGAAUCAUUCCAUCUCGAAGCUAGGCUCUGGGCAGGUCAGGCGUCCGGAGCCCGAGAACGACCAUCAGCCCGACAUGGCGGCCAGCUUUUUGAAUUUCUGUGCCAUGUGCGAGAGACAGAUCACAGUGCCGGAUAAUUCUCUUCUCUAUUGCAGCGAAAGCUGCCGUCGUAAAGACUCGCACAAGCCGCUCUCCGCGUCGUUCCCGUCCAGUGGCUCGAUACACUACUCGAGGUCCCCGCCCACCUCUCCUCUGGUUUCUUUUCGAAUGAUUGUUGCCCCGAUGACACCCACCAAGGUCCCCGGCAAAUCCACCCCGUCCACCGGGAUACCCACAGACUUCCAUGACUCCAACGUAGAUCAGGACCCCUCCGAAUGGAAGCCGGUAAUACCUGCGGCUCAUGGUAGUACGGGGUCGCUGGCGUCGACGGAGGCCUGGCAUUAUCUUUCUCAAUUCCACGCCAGCGAACCGUCGUUUCCGAGGCGUCGCCACGGUGCCGGUCACCGCAGCUCGGCCAGUUUAUCCACGCUCAUGAGCGCAACGGCUCCUGUUCCGUCUUUGACCUAUACUCCGUCCACCACGGCAUCGUCCUUCAGCAGCACGGCCUCAGACUACAUUGGUUACAUGCCCGACUCGUCUCAUCGUCCGUUGCCUCCUCGCCACAAUCCCUACUUUUCCAAUGGCGCUGGCGUCACGAAGAGUGUGGAACUCGUGGUGCCUCACGUUGACACCCCUUCUGUGCAUUCCAACGCUGUGGAUAUGUCCGACAGUGGCUCGAUCUUCCCUGCCAGCAGCUCCCUCUGGAAUGAGAGUUUGGCAGGGAAGACUCCUACCGAAACUGUGGCCAAGGCUCCGAGUGCUCUUGAUUUGCCUAUCAUGUUGAAGCAGGGGAGUUCGUGA